UUCAUUUAUCGUCACAAACACAACAAUGCGCGACAAGCAUCAAUACAAAUUUCCAAGAAUUUUGAAAAUUUAAGUGUCUGAUAAAGGCAAUAAAAUUGCACAAAACUAGAAAAAAUAUUAAUAAAAUUCAUAAAGUGGAAUGUCCAAAAUCAGAUUCUUACAACAAAAUGUGAAAUCUUUGUGGAUUUAGUGGAAAAUUUUGUGAAAUAUCAAGUGAUGAAAUUUCGAAUUCCAAGAAAAACACACUAAAAUUAAACGGUAUUUCCAGGAAAAACGAAUUUGAAAUCACACACAUAGAUACAAACCUUUAGGAAAAACUCCAAGAACGCAUUGCAAUCGCACUGUAAAAUUUACUUGGAACUACAAUUUUUGUUAAAAUCCAUCGUUUUAUGUGACAUUUUUUGCUAUACUGAACGUUUUAUGACGACAACAACAUGACUAAUUUUUGUAAAACUAUGGUUAUUGUGCUAAUGAUCAUGAUCUUGUCGCACAAAGGGUUGUUGGUGGUGCAGGCCUAUGAUUAUUUUUCUCCCGGUGAGACGCAACCUUUGACCGUUGAGGCCGCCAUAGGUGACUCUUUUAAUAUCACCUGCAGAAUGAAUCCCAAGGCAUUUCCCAGACUAAACUCGAGCAACUUGUAUUUUGUAAAUGGUGGUACCAAUAAAGAUCUGCCGCCAGAGAAUAUUGUUAUAGCAAACAGCUCAGCAAUCGUAUAUAUGGUAAAAAAUGCAACGGAACAGCAAACUAAAUACCACUGCAAAUGUGGUCAAUAUGUUAUCAUGGAGACCAAGGUGUUUGUGGGUACACCGCCAAAGCCUUGCACCAAUUUUACAUGCAGCAGCUAUGAUUUCGACCAUAUGAUCUGUAACUUCACCAAACCUUCAAAUACCAUAUUGACCACAUAUAAUGUAUCCUAUUACAUCGAAAUGCCCAAUUACAUUUUUUUGCCCCAAUGCAAUUAUGCUGAACGUACACUGGUGGUGUGCAACAUUUCACUGAAGGAUCGGUAUCAGGAAUUUUAUCAUUUUAAAAUUGAGUCUCACAAUGCUCUGGUUAAAGCCGGCGACAAGCCUCUAAUACAAAAAUUUGAUAUCAACAAUUUCGAAAUAAUGAUACCCUCCAAGCCAGGGGAAAACGUGCGAGUAGAUAGUGUGACAGUGGAUGGUAUACGAUUGGCUUGGCAAAUGCCCAACUGGGAAAAGUAUCGAGCAAAGGGUUUACAGUGGGAGGUGCUGGUGCAACCUGAAAAUGGAACCAUCAUAACGGAAAUGGAACCUCCCUCUCGAGAUCACAACGAAAUGCGUUUACGUUUAACUGGUUUGCCCUAUGCCUAUUGGCGUUAUCAAUUGAGAUUGCGGGUGCGUGUUAGACAUCCCAAGGCUCAAUGGAGUGAGCAAAUGCUAUUUGAUUUUCGUACUGCUGCACGACGACCACAAAGACCACCACUCAUGGAGACUGGAGGUUUUUAUAUAAAUUCAGCUGAAACUUCUGUAACCAUUUACUGGGAGGAAUUAAAGCCCUACGAAUAUAAUGGUGAAAAUUUCGGCUAUGUCAUUCGUUCAGUACGUCGCGAUGGUAUACCUAUUGACCUAAAACCUUCCAUUAUGGAUAUAAAUCUUGCCACAUUUCCAUGGCACAAUUUCUAUCAAUACGAGUUUGAAAUUGCCAGCAGCAAUCACAUGGGAGAAUCAUUUGAGAGCAGUCGUUUAACCAUAUACCCGUUCAACAAACUUAAUCCCAAACACUAUACACCCAGGGAGAUUAACAAUGCCUAUCAUGGAAACAAUCGGACGUAUACUUUAACAUGGGCUAGACCCACCAAUAGAAUAGGAUUGAAAAGCUUUACUGUGUUUUGGUGUUAUCCCAAAAGAGCCAAGACAAAUGAGUGCAAAGAGUCUAUGCAUUUCCAACAAGUUCCUGCGAAUCAAUUGAAUUUCACAAUCAAAGAACAAAAUCCCCAUGUUGAGAAAACUCUCAAUUUGGCUAUUUCUGCCAACUAUGAGACUUUUAAUAGCGGCUUACAUUGGACCGCCUGUACCAUGGAUGUUGAUAGUGAAUUGGUUAAAACAGAUCCGGAGCUAACACCUAACGUCACUGCUAUCAAAGUACAAUGGCGUGUAGAAAGAGUUUGCCCCUCAAUAUUAUUAGGCUUUAAUUUGACCUACUGUGAAGUGGCCGAUGGUGUACCAGCAGAUAAUGCGACAUGCUUAGAUGAACCACAAAGCAAAAUAUUGCGUAAACACGACAAAGGCUAUGUCAUAUAUGACUUGAAACCCUACACCAUGUACAAAGUCACCAUGUAUAUGUUCUCAAGAAAGAAAAUUGGCAAAACCAGUGAUCCACAGUUAAUGCGUACUCUCGAGGGGGCUCCCUCACCACCGCGUAAUUUAAAAGUGUUCAAUGUGACCAGAGAUAGUGCCUUGGUUAGGUGGCAAGAACCCAGUCAACGCAAUGGACGCAUACAUAAAUACAUAAUAAUGCUCAAUAAUGAAAAAUUCGAAGUAAAUGCCUCGACAUUGGAAUUUCCUUUGACAAAUUUGGAAAGUUUUACCUCGUACAAAGUUUAUGUGUUGGCUCAGACUGUGCAAAUAUCGGAUACCAGCAACGAUGUGCAUUUUACCACAGACAUUGGAUAUCCUUCUCUGCCCGGCCAUGCAUCAAACAGCAACAAUGUCAGUAUCGUACAAUGGACCAAACCUGCCAAACCAAAUGGUCGCCUGGAAUUUUAUGAAGUCACUGUCGUACAAAUGCGCAGUGAUAGUGUGGUACGCCAAAAGAAAAGCAUAAUCAUGGGCGGAGAAACUUCUUGCUUCUUUCAAUCGCCCACCUGCAUUGGAACUGAAUAUCAGACAAAGGUCGAGGUCAAGGCUGUGAAUGCAGCAUUGCUAAAACUGGAAGUUCCCGAACAAUCGAUGUGGCAAUAUAGCACAGAACAUUAUUAUGAUGAUAUCGAUUAUUAUUUGGAUGACAGUGAUGAUUUGAGCUGUGUGGGAGAUCGACGAACAGCAGAAAAUGUAGAGGAAAUCAAAAGAUAUUUUGAUUCCAAACAAUACCUGCUAUACAAAUCGGAGGCUCAAACCUCUGCCAUCUAUUCAUGUUCCAUAACUCCUUUGGGUAAAAUAACGACCAUAGCUUUGGUGGUGAUCACCAUGUCUGUGAGUAUGAUGGCAGCUUUAUAUAUGGCACGCAAGAAGUACAACAAAAUGGCCAAUAUAAACUGCACCUUGCCAGCUGGUCUGGAAAGUUAUUUUACAAAAGACCCUAGUAAUGUUGGAUUUCCAGGAGAUAAUUUUCCCAGAAAUACUAAAGCCUUGGAGGCCACCAGAGAAGCCGAAGAUCAAUGGCUGAGUGCUGCACGCAGGCAUGAGAUUAACAUUCUCAAUGAACAUCAUCGUUUGUUGGCCUCAUCGGGCAACGAUUCGGGAUAUUUGGGUGAUGCUGUCACAGGACGAGGCAUUAGAAGUUGUGCCGCUGAUGCAAUAAGCGGAGCUAGUAUCGAUUCCUCGGUAAAUGAUUGCAAUGGUCAAAGAAAUCAUGCAGUGGCAGAAGAAGCAUAUGACUAUGAUAAAGACAACAUGUCUUCAUCGGUGGACUCUUUGGUGGAGAGCACAGAUGAAUCUAAUCCCCAGUCAGAAAUUGAGCCGAGAUCCCUAUCAGUAUUAUUUCCCAAUGAGAAUGGCUAUGUUAUACAGGAAAUGAUACCACCAUGGCAAAAUUUACAAAAUCGCAUUGACGAACCCCCAGCCACAGUCAAUAGCAAUGGUUAUAUAACGGUACAAAGUUUACAGCAAAUAGAACCUGCAACAGAUACAAAGGCGAUGGUGCAAAAUUCUGGAUAUGUGCAGCAACAAGAUUUACAGAAUUUCUUUAGAAAUUCCUUAGCAGCGCAAGAGCCGGUGGGCUCAUCAAUAUCAGAGGCUACAAAUGGCAACCCAAUUGCUCAAUUUAACAGUGGCGGCUAUACCACAUUGGAGGAUAUAGCCAAACUUAAUACUAAUACUGCCCAAUGUAAUGCUGCAGCCAACGAGCAGAAGGACAAAACACCUAUGCAAAGUAAUGCCAAUGAAGCUCACACAAAAACUAUUACGCCGGUAAGCAAUGCAAUGGCCCCCACUAAUGCUGGAGUUGGAGGUGGAAGUCUCAUAUCUGGCUAUGUAACGCAACAGGCCUUGAAUCUUUUUGCCCAACACCAGCAGCGACAUUAAGCGGCUAGCAAAAGUGAACUGAGAUUUUUUU